AGUGGAGGAGGAGGGGGGAUUCCCGACGUCAGGGGGCGGGGCACCCGGAAGCUCCGAGGGCCCUGGAGGAGACGGCGGGGGCGGGGGCGCCGGACUGGAGGCGGAGAAGGCGGCGGCAAAGUCCCGGGUGAACGUCGGAAGCGGCGGCCGCCGCCGCCCGAAGGCUACGCUCGAGUCUGAGCUGGAAGCUGAACCUGAACCUGGGCCGGGUGGGGGCAGCCUGUGGCUGCCAGGUGAGUGGCGGCGGCGGGGACUGGCUCUCAGGCUGCUGCCUCAGUGGGUAGGGACUGGGAGAAGCCAGGAGGAGCCCGUGCCACCGCCGCCACCCCCUCGUCCUGCCUUCUCUCCGGGAAGGAGCCCGGAAUGGCACCCAAGGGGAAUAGGAAGACUGCCAAGAAGAAGAAAGCAGAAGAACCUGAGUUGGAGCCCCUGUGCUGCUGCGAAUACAUAGAUCGCAAUGGAGAAAAGAACCAUCUGGUGGCUAGUUUUUGUGACUGUCAAGAUCUUGAUGAAGGCUGUGAAAGGUGGAUUACAUGCAAAUCCUUGCACCCAGAGACCUUUGAGAGAAUCAUGGACACCAUCUCAGAUCGAUUCCGAAUUCCUUGGCUUAGGGGGGCCAAAAAGGUCAACAUCAGCAUCCUCCCGCCACUGAUCCUCCUGCCAGUUUUUCUCCAUGUAGCUUCUUGGCAUCUCCUCUUGGGCGUUAUCAUUUUGACUUCCCUUCCUGCCCUGGCACUGGGGUACUACUACCUCACCCACCGGAGGAAAGACCGGACCCUGUUUUUCCUGAGCUUGGGGCUAUUCUCCUUGGGCUACAUGUACUAUGUGUUCCUUAAAGAAGUGGCCCCCAAAGGCCGGGUGGGACACGGACAACUGGUUACUCUCACUUGUGGAUUAUGUCUGAUACUCAUAGCCCUACAGCAAGCCAAGAAGAAUCCUGGCUACCUCAGGAGUCCAGAACAAAAUGGCAGCCUUCCAAGCACCAGCCCUGCUGAUUUACAGAACAGAAAAGGGCAGGAGAAAGUAAAAGGAUUUUCUGGAGAUUCACUGGGCAGUGUCAACAAUAGAAUGGUAAAGGAUGACCCUAAGGGCUAUUCUAGGAUAUUAGCGGAGAGCCCCAACAAAGUGAAGGAAGACUGGUGUGCCAAGUGCCAGUUGGUGAGGCCAGCCCGGGCCUGGCAUUGCCGGAUAUGUGGGGUGUGUGUGAGAAGAAUGGAUCAUCACUGUAUCUGCUGUGUUGGAGAAUCCAAUCAUCGAUCAUUCAUCCUUGCACUGUCACUCUUCUUACUCACCUCGGUGUACGGGAUCACUUUAGCCUUGGAUACCAUCUGUAGAGACAGGAGCAUCUUCACAGCUCUUUUCUACUGCCCAGGAGUUUAUGCAAACUACAGCUCGGCCCUGUCCUUCACCUGCGUGUGGUACUCUGUGAUCGUGACGGUGGGCAUGGCCUACAUUUUCCUGAUCCAGCUCAUCAACAUCAGCUACAACGUGACGGAGCGGGAGGUCCAGCGGGCCCUGCGCGAGAAGACGGGCCGCCGGCUCCUCUGCGGGCUGAUCGUGGACCCGGGCCGCUACAACCGCGGCUUCCUGCGCAACUGGCACCAGUUUUCCACCCUGGGCGCACGCUCGCUGCCGCCCCCUGCCGAGGACAUCGUGUAAGGCCCCCGCUGAUCCCGGGGCUCCAUCCCCAGGACGCUUCCUGGCCAAGGGCGGGGAACAAGAGGAAGGUGGAGAGCUCCCUGACCUCCCCAUUCCAAUAUUCCGUUCACAGAGUGAAAGUAGAGCCGUUCCUUUCUGAACACGUCCUCAAUGAGCUCUCUGUUGCCAGGUGGCAGAAAGGGUAGAAACUGCAGCGCAGACAGACAGAAGUGAUUUUGCGCUCUCCAGGAAAGCUGCCUCCCCCUCCCCAGGGAUUUAGGAAGUCCUAGCAAUUCGAGGGGGGCUGCCCUCCCCCAGGGGAGCGUCUCUGUGGCACAUAGCAGUUUUCUAGGGAGAAGCCCCUGGGCGAGGCACUCUCCAAAGCACCAGGCGGCAGCAGGGUAGAAACGCGGAGAAAGAUGGUGAGUGAGCGCUGCAGUCAGUAUUUAAAUCUAGGUGCAGAGCCGUGCGUGCCCAGGGUGGGCCUCUCUCUGCAGAUGUAUCUGUUAAUGUCAACACCACCAAUAAGCAUUCAGGUUUUCCGUGGCUUGCCUGGUCAGGUGUCGGCGUCACGUGAUGAUUUUCACAGGAGGGCAGCGGCCACUUCCUGUGUGGGGAUGACUCCUAUCGAGGGCUUGGUUGUUUUUUCCAUCUAAAUAUCUAAAAGGUCAAUAGUUUCUAGCACUAGGCUGCAGAAUCCAUUUUCACAUUUCAGCUGUUAUUCCAGGACAAACUCCCUUUUGCAAAGUUAGUCGACGUCUUUCCAGUCUACUUAUAUGAUUAUUCUUAAAACCCUCACCUUCUGUCUUAGAAUGGGUACUAAGUACUGGUUCCGAGGCAGAAGAGUGGGAGGGGCCAGGCCAUGGGUUAAGUGCUAGGAAGAGUCUGAGGGCAGCUUUGAACCCAGGACCUCUUAUCUCCAGGCCUGGCUCUCUAUCCAUUGAGCCACCUCGCAGCCCUAACUUACAUAUUGUUUUACAUUCACCCUUUUCACAUCUUCUCAUUUUCUAUAGAAGAAAACAGAGUAUAUGUACUCUUUCCUCUAAUGAAUUACUCCUCUUUCCUGGUUGUUCCCAGAAUGCCUCUAAAUUUUGUGUUCUUACUUGCACUUUAGAAAAUUCAGAUGUAUCCAAAAAAUCGCAUUUCUGCACAAGUUAUAUUCAGUCUUAGAAACAGGAUGGAGAAAUAAGAUGACUCAGUUUGGGGGAGGGAAUAACUCUUGGGAACAUUUGAUGUCGUGGUUAUGGCCUUUUGUAAGCCCAAAGAUAACCAGUAACUCCUUAAAGAUGACUUUGUUUACAGCCAGUGACGGGGAAAAUGCUGCCGCCUUUUUUAGUCUUUCUAUGAAUGUUACUUUAAGAGAGUUCUUACUCUGUCUCCAUAAAUGGCACAUAAUUCAGAAAUAUCAGUACUUCCUGUCACUGUCACCUGCCACUUUCUCUCCCUGGUCUCUCGGUGUUCACCGACAGUUUGAGCGCAUCCGAACAACCAGAUUUCCUACAAGCCUAUGACUUGACUCCUGGUGAGAAGCAGCAUCGUGUGGCAGCUGACUGUAGCAGUUUGUUUAGCAGUGGUAGGACGAGCGCCACUGGGAUGGGUACAGAAAGGUGGCGCUGCGGAAGUCAGAGCUCUGAUUCCCAACUCCACAGCCUCUCCUUGCUUGAGCGCGCCAGCGACGGAAAAGAUGCUUUAUACGUCCUACUGCCGUGCAAGGCUUGAGACCAGGGAUUCUUGUCUGGACAAGUGUUUGAUUUAAAAAAAAAAGAUCUUGUUACAGACCCUUCCCUUCUUGCCAGACGUAUGCUGUAGGACCUUAUUGUAGCUACAAUUUUUAUUUUUUUACUAGUUAUCUUAUCGGAACUAUUAGCUACAAGCAAAAUGCUGGCACGUUUUCCCUCAUUCUUCUACUGUCUUUGUGUGAGGGUGAAAAUGCCCCAAGGCAGGCGUGAUUCAAGUGCUGCGAUCCCUGGCACCCCAACACGAAAGUACUGCGUGUCCUUUCUUCCUCUCUCACGAUGAGAUCACUGUUUAUUGGCUUCAGAGCUUUGGGGAGCUUGAAGCAGCCAUUUCUAAGAGAAGCAAAAAACGUUAAAAUCUAUUCAGGCUGGAGUUGGAGCAGGUAAAAUACCAACAUGCUGGCCGUCUGCAUGUGCCAGUUGAUUAGCCGUUCAGCCACGUCCUCGCUUCAUGACCCCAUUUUGGGGUUUUCUUGUCAAAGAUCCUGGAGUGCCAUUUCCUCCUCCAGCUCAUUUGAGGAGGAAACUGAGGAAACAGGGUUAAGUGACUCGCCCAGGGUCACGCAGCCAGAGUUGACCUUCUGAAGGGGAACGUUCCUGCCGGCUGGCCCCUGGGCUAUCCACUAGGGCAGCUUGCUGCCCAGCAGUGGAGCAUUUACAGCCCUGUCGGUGGGGGCUUCGGCACAUCCCAGGUCCCUCUUCAUCUGGAAGCACGCCCGGGGCCAUUCCUGCUCUGGGUCUGUACGGGAGCUCUUCUCCAGCCUUUUCCCAAGGGCAUGCUCCUGUGAGCCGGCCGGUGCUCGUUACAGUCCCACUGUAUCGAUGACCACCCGGACACUGGGAGGGUGACUGAGGCUGGAGCCAGGAUUUGGAACCAGCUCUUUGACAAUGCACGACCUUCUCCACCGCCUCCAACACUGCCUCUCCCCACCACGACGGCCUCGGCCGGACGCGAGCUUCGGGGCCCCUCGGCGGCCUCCCAGGACGCAGGGGGUCACCCAUGCCGGCUCCCUCAUCCAGCCCCGGGCACGGAAAUCCAACGCGGGACUUCCUGUCCUUUCGCCCAGGGGAGGAAGAGCAGCGUCGGGCGUGCCCGGGUCGCCCCGUUCUGGCCAGGGCUGUGAAAGCGAUGCCCGAUUCGGGGCUCGGAGCUCCUGGACCCCAGGCUGCACGGCGGCCCACGUGAGCUUCAGCUUUCUGGGCCCUUAGCCGUGGGCUUUGGGGGCUUCGCCUUUAACUGCUGAUUGUGUCCUUAACUGUAUUUGGGGUUUCUAAGUCUGCAUCCCACCCCCGACCACUUGGUGAAUGUGACGAACUCCAUCUUCUUUCUCUUGCCAUAUGUAACAGCGGUGCUUUCUCGUUCUGCUCUGAUCGGGCUCCCUCGGAGCCGCUGCCACAAAGAACCGAGUUCCUUUUCCUCUUCCGGCGUCCCAAGGAUGUUAGCGUGGCUGGCCAGGGGAGCCCGGGGUGGGGGUGCGGGGGGGGGUGCCUCCUGCUGCCAGGAAACGCCCUGCCAGGGCUCAGUCUGCUCUGGUGGGGCGGCGAGCACACUUUUUUUUUUUAAAUGCAAUUCAUAAUAGCAAAAAAUUGUGAUUUAGAAGCACAGUUUCUAAUAGGAUGUCUUUCUUUCCUUUCUCCUUCUCUUCUCCUCAAGUAAAAUGGUUUACAUGGUCUUAAUUCACUUUUAGCCAUAAGUUACUCCUUUUUAGAGUCGGAGAACUAGGUAAUUUCACAGGACAAGCAAUGGAUUCUGAAAAGCCUUUCUCUUCAGGUUACUGUUUGAAAUCCAGUUUGCCUUUUUGUGUAUACUAUGUAUAAUGCCUCUCCUUGUAGACACAGUUGGACAAGUGUGCCAUUUUAGGUUAAAAAAAGCAAAAAACAACCCACAAAAGAGUGGGGAAAAGGAAGAUAGCCAUGCCUCACUUAUCCGACUCAAACGCACUCCUGUGUUGUCCACGUUUGCUGUGACUGCUGGGAAACGAGCUGCUGGCUCCAUCUCUCUUCCUAAGGGACCAUCAUCACCAUGGCAGCCCUGUUCCUACUGGACAACCAUCCACCUUGUAGUGGGGACUCCGAGUUCAGCAGUAUUCAGUCAGCAAAUAUUUAUUAGUGCUCCCUGUGUGCCCAGCACCGUGCAAGCACUGCUGUUGUAGCCCCAAGAGGCCAAAGACUAAAUGGUUAACGGAGGGGUGGUGCCUACGGGCAGGCUCUAGGCAUAUUGUGCACAUGUUUUUGCCCAGUUUAGAGAGGCCUUUACUAAUUAAGCGCCUACUCUGUGCAAGGCCCUCCCCUUGUACACCCUAAACCUGUGCCGUGGCACCUUUCCCCUAAAACCAUUUCAUGUUGUAAAGAAGGAAAAAGAAAAGCUUUCCAUCCCGAUAGAGCCCGCGGCGGCGAGUAAAACUGAAGAAAAAGCCACCUCUGGUCCUUUGACGCCCCCGAAAGCCGUGAGCGCAUCUAGCCUGCCCCCAUCCAUUGUGCUCAGACACCCCCUCUGGACAUCGGGAAGCAGAACGGCCUCGCUGGAAGCUGGGGGCGAGCACGGUUUGCACUGCGUGGCUUUUGUUUUGCUUUUACAUACUGAGAUCUUGUCGCCUCAGUGACAGCCUUUAAAGGGCGCUUCUCAGCCUUCUCAUGCCGUGACCCCGGACCAAAAAGGGAUGGUGGGGGCUCCUUCAAAGCUGUCACUGGCUACAGAUUGAGGGCUGAGAACCGCCGCUCCGAAUGAAGGUUCCAAACGAACUGCCAUUUCUGUAAAAUACCGGCGGGCGCCGACCAGUUAUGUACGUGGCAAAUAAAAUGUUCCAAAAGGAAAA